AUGGUUCGUUUCCCUCGUGUGGGGAGGGUCUCUGACGACUACGCCGACGAGAAGGUAGCUAUGGAGGUGACGGCUCUGAAUAUUAUCCGUAACAGGACCACUAUUCCUGUUCCCAGGGUCCAUGCGUGGGGCCCGGCGGCCACCAAUUCACUUAGUCUAGGUCCGUUUAUCAUGAUGGACUUCAUUGACGGUGUGAGCCUUAACGACCUCCUUCGGGACCCUGACGCCGAGCGACCUAGCAGAGUUAUGAGGGAGAAUAUCAGCGAUGGCGAUGUUGAAUUUAUCUACAGGCAGUUGGCAAAUUUCCUGCUCCAGCUUUUCAAGCUCGAUCACGACCGCAUCGGUAGCCUUACGCCGCCACGUACUGAAUCGCAAAGCCCGACACCGCAACGGCCGCUAACGUUUAAGGCUCAUAGCAUCCUACAGAACGGAGGCGUCAACACUUUCGGUGAUCGAGCCCAGGGGUUCGCGACGACGACCGAAUAUUUUGAAUAUGUCCUUACACAAGACUGGGACCAGCUUGUCCACCAGCCGAACUCGACCGAUGAUUCGUAUGAUGCUCAAACCAAAUACGUGGCUUUCAAGAUCCUAAAAAGCCUGAUACCUGACUUGGUCCACGCGAAAUAUGACCGUACCAAGUUCAAGCUGAUUUGCGACGAUCUCGGCCUAGCGAAUCUAAUUGUCCGGGGCAGGGAAGAUCUCACUGUCGUUGGAGUUGUGGAUCUGGAAUGGUCAUACAUCGGACCCGCGCAGCUGUUUGGCUCAGCGCCAUGGUGGCUUCUCCAAGACAGGCCCGUCAAUAGCACGUGGGAUUGCACGGAUGACGAGCCGCCUAAGAUUGCCGCCCGGUACUUCAGAUGUCUAGAGCUUUUUAUACGUGUCCUGGAGGAGGAAGAAACUAAAAUGCCUGAGCAUAAAGACAGAGAGCUCUCCGAUCUUGUCAAGUGGUCACAGGCCUCCGGGGCCAUGUGGCUCCAUAUGCUCAUCUCAUCUGGCUUCAAUGAUUAUCGCAGCUUUCCUUUUACCCAGUUGCGCCGACAUUUUGGGACCGAGUGGACGAGGCGCGAGAAGAUAUUUGACAAUGCAGAGGAGCUUGAGGUGUUCGCGGCGAGGAAGGUGAGCGAGCUGGACAAGUAUGAUGAAGCUUUGGACGAGAUGGAGGACGAGAAAGCGCUUGUGGAUAACGGGAACAUGACAAAGGAGGAAUUCAUAGCCAACAACCUAAUAACAGAGCCAGGCUCCAUCCCUCGCUCUCCCUCGUCUGCCCUUAACGACGAUCCAAGAAAUGACGAUGGUUUGUUCUACAAGGCGGUUGCUUGGCUUGGCUUGCAAGCUGCAAACUUGAGACAUAUGUGGUAA